GUGGACUAGGCUUAAGAUUGCGUACCGCUGUAAAUAAAUAAAAAAUCAAAACAUCGUUUUGUUUUUGUUUACAUCGUACGCCGGCUCGCUCGUAAAUUUUGCUUCACAGUUUUCCCAUUUUAUUAUAAUUUUAGCAAUGAAACUGUACGCUCUCAGCGGCGACCCAGCCAAACCAUGCUACGUACUCAGCCUCAAGGAUCUGCUGAUCAUGUUGGACUGCGGCCUGUCGGUCAGCUCGGUGCUUAACUUCCUACCGCUGCCACUGGUUCAGAGCGCCAAGUUCCAAUCGAUGCCCAAUUGGAACUGCCGGGAUGCCGAAAUCCAGCUGGAAGAUGGGGAAAUCAAAGAAUGUUGUGGGUGCGCGUUUGUAAAUUCGGCUCCGGAAUUUGUACCUCCUCUGGAUAAGAUUAUAAACUUUUCAGAGAUAGAUGUCAUUCUGAUCUCCAACUAUACCAACAUGUUGGCGUUGCCUUUCAUAACGGAAGGAACCGGUUUUACUGGAACGGUAUAUGCCACGGAACCAACUCUUCAGAUUGGAAGAUUCUUUUUGGAGGAGCUAGUGGAGUACAUCGAGGCAUCGCCUAAAGAAAGCACUGCGCGUAUGUGGAAAGACAUUCAACACUUGCUUCCACCGCCUUUGAAUGACGUCUUUAAACCGAAAAACUGGCGACAUCUUUUUAGUAUGGAAGCUGUGAAUAAAAGUCUAGCUAGAGUCCAAAUGACCGGUUACGAUCAGAAGUUAGAUAUCUUCGGUGCUCUACAGGUGACCCCAGUUAGCUCUGGAUUUUGCUUGGGUUCGAGCAAUUGGAUUAUAGCAGCUGGUCAGGAGAAAAUAUCAUACAUCAGUGGAUCAUCAACGCUUACCACACAUCCCAGACCAAUCAAUCAAGCUGCUCUGAAAUAUUCGGAUGUAGUCAUUAUGACGGGACUGACUCAGGCGCCUCACGUCAAUCCAGACGGAAUGCUUGGAGAGCUAUGCAUGAACGUGGUGAUGACUUUAAGAAACGGAGGUUCAGUUCUGAUUCCGUGCUACCCUUCUGGAGUGGUUUAUGACCUGUUUGAAUGCUUGUCAUCCAGUUUAGAUAAUCAGGGAUUUGCACAAAUACCCAUGUUCUUCAUUUCGCCGGUAGCUGACAGCUCACUUGCUUAUUCAAACAUUUUAGCAGAAUGGCUAUCGACUUCGAAACAGAACAAAGUUUACAUUCCCGAUGAGCCAUUCCCUCAUGCCAGUUUGGUGAAAAACGCUAAAUUGAAACACUUCAAGCACAUCUACUCGGAAGGAUUCAGUACCGAGUUCCGACAACCUUGUGUAGUGUUCUGCGGUCAUCCGAGUUUACGUUUUGGCGAUGCUGUUCACUUCCUGGAGCUUUGGGGAUCAAAUCCUCUACACACGAUAAUUUUCACUGAACCUGACUUUCCAUAUUUGCAAGCUCUAGCUCCUUAUCAACCGUUAUCUAUCAAAACUGUUUACUGUCCCAUCGAAACAUCUCUGAAUUUCCAGCAAGCUAACAAACUUAUAAAAGAACUCAAACCCGGAGUACUGGUCAUACCGGAAAACUAUACCCAACCACCACCAAUUGCCCCGCACAAAAUCGAUCUGGUCAUCGAUCAAAUCCCCGACAAAAUGAUCAUCAAAUUCAAACGAGGGGAAGUGAUCAAACUUCCUCUCAAGCGCAAGCGAUCUCGCAUCUAUCUCGACCCGCAAAUUGCUCGUUCCCUAGUCCCUCACGAAGUUCAGCCUGGAGUAUCGAUAACAACCUUAACAGGAGUCCUACAGGUUAAGGACAACAUUCACGAUUUGCAUCCCUUGGAGCCAACGGCCGAAGAACUGGAAGCGGAACAAAAAUCAGCGAAAGCACCACACCUCCUACCGCCGAAUCAAACCCGCUAUCGCAAUGUCAAGUACGAAUGGGGCACACUGGACGUGAAUCUAUUCCUAAAAAAGCUCGCCCAGGAUGGUAUCAGCGACAUCAAGGUGGAACAGGGAGGUGUCGAUGAAAUCACUCUGCACCUACCAGGGGAAGAUACGAUGAUUAAGGUAAGUGAGAAAUGUACCAGCAUUGUAACCGGAGGAAAACUAAGUUUACGGUUAAAACUGCGGGAUUUGUUGCUGCAGUGCGUGCAAAAUUUUUGAAACACCGGACUUCGAUGAAUAAUAAACUGUUUAAGAUGA